AUGUCUUCGAGCGGCGAUAGCAACGCCAAUGGCAGCGCGAUAGCCAAGAUGGCCACGCCGGUCAAACCUGGCAAGCCAGCGCCCAUUCCGCCACUCGCAACGCUCUCUUUCGGCGCCCUGUCCGGCUUCGCCUCGUGCGUUCUGCUACAACCCUUUGAUCUGCUCAAGACUCGUCUCCAGCAACUAGACCAUACCACAUCAUCCGCAUCUUCAGCAGCACCACAAUACACAUCGCGGACACAGAAGCUCGUCGCGAUCACCAAGGACAUUGUUCGCUCCAAUGGCUACCAGGGCUUGUGGCGCGGCACGACGCCGACUGUCAUCCGCAACGUCCCUGGUGUAGCGCUCUACUUCUACUCGGUCUCGCAUCUUCGGCAUGUCGCAUCGCAGCGCCAGAUACCCUACAUCUCGGUUGCACUUUCGCCUACAGACUCGAACGUGGGUUCGUCAACGAUGGCCAAGCUUUCCACCACCGGCAACCUCCUCACUGGCGCAGUGGCCAGGGUGACGGUCGGCUUCAUCCUGUCUCCCGUGACGGUGGUGAAAGCCAGGUUUGAGAGCAGCAACUUCUCCACGACCACCGAACGCACCUUGCUAUCAUCGAUGCGGGAGAUUCAAACGCAGUCCGGCUUCCGUGGCUUCUUCCAGGGCUUCACUGCUACCGCGUUGCGAGAUGCACCCUAUGCAGGGCUGUAUCUGGCGCUAUACGAGGCAUGUAAGACCAACCUAUCCGGCAUGUCACCCGGCAUGGGAACGGGCAACUGGAUGGUCGUCAGUGGCAGCGGCCUCCUCGCCGGCACACUAGCAACACUGCUCACCCACCCAUUCGACAUCAUCAAGACGAGGAUGCAAACGACGCCCAGCGACGUGCUCCACCAGAUCGCCGUAACACACGAUCCCCUACCCGCAUUGGCGGCACGCGUGGGGAGAGAAACGAGAAGACCUAGCGUCUGGGGCAUGUCCAGGCAUCUAUGGGCGACCAGCGGGCCGAGAGCAUUGCUCGAUGGCUUAGGGCUGAGGUGCGCUAGAAAGGCAGCGAGCAGCGCCAUCGGAUGGAGCAUAUUCGAGGGCGGCAGGAGCUGGUACACGGAGCGAGAGGCGAGGAGGCUAGGCGAAGGGACGAGACCGGGGACUGAUCACAAGGAGGUAUAG